UUCGCCCCAGUCCAGCUUGACCGAGUCGUUCUGUCGCCACUGCGGGGAGGGCUUCGACUCCCUCCCUUCGUCUCGUAGAAGUUCUACACGCGCAUACAAGGAAAACCGAUCCAGUCAGACGGACAUCGUGGAUAUCGAAGACUUUGAGGAACCGGUCACUGUGGACAAACGGUAUACGCUGCAACGGUCGGCCAGUUGCAAAGAGUUGAUAGGGGAAAAAACAAGACCCAUGGAAGUUAAAAUUGAACGAACCGACGCGCCGGUGACACGGUACGAUGAAAUGCAAAGGUCUUGUUAUAGUAUUGCCGGAAGUAAGACUCCGUCUUUGGAUCGCAGUGGAGUUGAGCCGGUCGAGACCAAAGUGUACUCUAGCAGCUAUCCCGGUACCACGAGUAGUUUGUCCACCGAAAGCGGAGGAAACGAAGAAGGAGUUUUGGAGCCUGGAGGGAGUGUUUUAGUCAUUGAUACUGGAAGUUCGAGAGAGGAAAUGAUACUGAGUCAUGACGAUUUAAGCCAUGACUCUUACGAGCUUUUAGAACGAGAAGAUUUAUAUGCUGAAUCACGGUCUUGUAGUAUCGACUCUACCGGAGAUCAGAUGCUUGACGAUGAAAUGUUUGUGAUGGACGAUGACUUUAGUGGACACAACGGAUCAGGUGAAGUAGAGAAGAGAUUGGGCUAUGUGGAACCUCGAUUCGGUGAUCUGGAUUUCAAGGAGUUCAAUGAAAAGUGCAAGCAAGGAUUCGCCUAUAGAAGAGCGGUCGAGUUUGGUGAAUUUGACGCAAAGUGCAAACCUGGAAUGGUAAUAGGCUUUGAUGAUGAAAUUAAUCAGGGUAGUUUGAUGCACUACCCAGUUGAAAGAACCAAAAGUGAUCCUUACGUCAGUGAUUUCUGGAGAGUUGCGAGACAGCACCGUGCAAGAUUGUUGCACCAGAAGUCAAUAGAUCUAACUCCUACUGAACCGUCUAUUGACCCUUCAUCUUAUCUAGGUGAUGAUAUGAAAAGUAGUUCCCUUGAUAUACCUUGUGGUAGUAAAAGUGCAGUGGAUAUUCCUUACACGCUGCACAAGCGACACCAUAUGAAUGGGACUGAAAGUAUCUCUCCUCUACUUCUGUCACCUCACAAACUGAGUCCAAUUUCAGGAAGGAGGUCCCCAGUUAAAUUGCCAGGAACUGCCCCAAAAGACAUUUCAAAACCAAAAAAGACACCGGUUGAUCUAGACCCUCUUACAAAAACUAAAAGCAAACCUGAUCUGAAUUCCCAAGAUUCAGGCCUGUCUUUGUCUGUGGGAACUGAGAGUGCAGAUGACUUGCAUGACGUUCUUUUAAAAAAUGUAGCAAACUUUGACCAAACCAAAGACGUAGAGGAAGACAUUCAGUUGAAACAAGCGGUAGAUGAAAUAAUAUCAGAAUCUCUUGCAGCCCGGAGAAAGGCAGAAAAAUUAGAGUUAGAAAAAGAAAAAGUUCCUAAAAUGGUAAGUAGAGAAGUGUCUACAGAGAAUGAAGUUAAUACUAAUCUAUUGCAAGUUCCAGACGAUACAGUGCUGAGGCCUAAAACAAACAAAAAAGAAUUUGUAAAAGGAAAGAGUGAAGACACAAAGUCUAAGAAAGGUUCUUUAAGCAAGUCUAGACAAGUUCACAGUGCAGAUGGGGGUUUACGAAAAGAUUCUUCUUUUGAAAAGAGAGAUUCAGCUGUAAAAGUUAUAAAAAUUGACAGUGAUGACGGAUUGUGCCAUUGUGAUAAAAAAGACAGAUUGAAAAGUUCAUCAUUAGACAGUUCAGAUCCGGAUGUUAUUAUUGUAGAAUAUAGAGGAAACAGGAAGAGGGCAUUUCAAAAAAGAAGUUCUUCUGGAAGUAAAGGUUCUAAAGAUUCAGUUGAUAAAGAUAUUAAAAGGAGUUCUAGCUUGGAUGCCCCAAAAGAUGGUAAAGACAAGAAGGAUUCAAAAUCGGAAAAGGGAAAAGAUGGAAGACUAAUUCGAAGUAAAUCUGAUGGUAAAGACGACAAGAAAAAAACAAAACCUGAUCAAAAGAAACCUAUAAGAAAGGAUGAACCAAAAUUUGAGAAGAAUGAAAUUCAGGUUGAAGUUGAGAUUGAAACCAAUAGAAGAAGUAAUCCAACCAAUGAUUCAUCAAAGCCUGUUGAUAUAAAUAAACCUAAAAUACCAGUAAAACCACAAAUACCUACCAAACCACUGAAACUAACGUCAGGAGAGUCAAAAGUACAAUCAGCUAAUGAGAAGCCACUGAAAACACCAGACAAGCCUCCGAGAUCAUUUGAUAAACCAGUAGUUCCUGAUAAACCACAAAAGCUUCCUGAUAAACCUAAGGAAUUUCAAUCAAAUAAUGUUGAAAAACCUAAAGCUGAUGACAAAACAUUGCAAACCAACGAAAGGAAGGAGAAGAUUCCGAGCCCAAAUACUGAUGCAGCUCUUAAAUCUGCUAAUAAUUCUGGAUUAAGUAACAGGGAUUUUAAAGACCUCAAUUUAAAGCAGAAAGAUGAAAAACCCGACACUAAAAAAACUAUUACAUCUCCUGAUACUUCUUGGAAGAAGUUUGGAGACCUUCCUGCUCCGAUAUCACAUAAAAGAGAGAGGUCGCCUGUACUGUUUGCGAGGCUUGGUUUAUCUGAGGGUUCUGCUUACUCUCCAACCCAUAGACAGUCUUCUGUGACAUCUCCGUCGUCAUCGAGAAGAUGUAAAUCUUUAGACGCUCCAGUUGUAUCUUUACACCGUCUUCCUCCAGUCACAUCUUUCUCUAGCAAAGACGACACUCUUGAUAAUGAGGAAGAUGUUGAGCUUGAAGAAAAAGCUCUGCGUACAUAUAAGUCCGGCAAAGGCAGUAAUGUGUGUCUUCAAGAUUCUAUAAUAGAAGAAAGAAGUCCAGAAGGUAAGGAAACUCCAGACGAUGAGAGACAAAAUGAACCACCCAGUGAGUCAAAUUUUAAAGUACCAAACCUUGAAAAACUUGAGGGCGGAGAGCUAAGUAAGGAGAUAAAGACACAAGGAAAAAAUCAAGAUGAUAUUACAGUGACUUUGGAAAAAUUAGAUGAAGUUGUCGACAGGGUAAAGGCCGGCGACAGUCUUCAGGAGGAAAAUCUUUUACCUACCAAUACAGUUCAAAGUGGCCACAGUAAGGUCUCACUGCCUCCAUUGUCUCCCAUCACCGAUAGAGCUUGUUCUCCCAUUAUGGAUUUGCCUCCAUCCCCAUUUAAAAGUCCUAUGUCUCCUUCUUCAAGGACACCAGGAGCCUUAUCUCCUGCUCCACUUUCUCCUUCACCCUUAUCACCCACUCCGUCCUCUCCUAAACCACCUCUUUCUCCGACUAUAAUAGAACCUCCCAUGUCACCAUCGGCCGAGAGAAGACCCAGCACUCGUCAAGAAAGGUUGGAUUCGUUCAAAAACACAAAAAGUUACUCUGUCGAUAUUUGGACUUCUGAUGAAGGUGAAAAUCAGCCUGUUCCAACCAUGGAGAUAGAAGAUAUAGAUUUUACUUCUAAAGAUUAUGAAGAUGAGACUUUCAUUAUAGAAAAGGAAGACGAACCUGAUGUUAGUAGUACAAAAGUGGAAGAUGUAAAACUAGUUGAAAGUGGAGGAAGUGAUAUAAUGGAGGAUCACCAAGAGUCGCCCAAACAUGCAGCAGAGGUGGUUUCUACAACAGAAGAUGAAUGUUGGGUGUCUGUUGAGGAUAUUAGACAAAUAGGCGAAGAUUCAGAACCUGGAGAGGUGAAAAGUAGCGAUAACCAAGACAAUGAAGAUAAGACUGAUAGAAGUGAUUCUUUGAAAGUAGAGUUGGACGAGAAUACAGAUGUGUCUAAAGUACUUAUUGUGAAAGAUUCGGAAAAACUUGAAAGAACAAUAAAGGAUUUUAUGGAAGUUAUUGAGCCGUUAGAAGAACCAUCGACUUCUGGCAUUAGAAUGAUACCUGAGAAAAGGAGUUUUGACGAUGAACCGUCCAGUUCAUCGUCUAUUAAGCAGGUUGAAUUGUCAUCCACAUGGAAGCCUUUCCCUCUGGAAAGUUCAGGAAGUUCAAGCCUCGAAGAAGCGAUAUUUCCUCCUGAUGAUACAGGGCAUUACGCUGAUGAGGAGGAAGGUUCAAGUCAUUCCAAUGGUCAGGAUGAUUUCCCCUCAGGGUUUGGAUACUCGAUGACGGGUGCUGAGAUGAUUAUAAGUGGGUACACUGGUGGUAUGUUUGGCUUGUCUAGAACACUUUCUCGAAUCAGUGAAAGAAGUACUACAUCAGAGCAGGAGCGAUCGGACUUUGAAGACGAUAUUUCAACAAAGCCCUCAUCGCGAUCUCUGUCAGUUGACGACGAAUCUUUACUCUCUAGCGAUCGGCAACCAAGUCUCUCAUCUGACCCUCCUUCAGGCCCCAACCCAGAGGACCAACCUCUGCCUGACUUGCCUCCUUUACCCAAAGAACCUGAUGAUGUAGAAGAAGAUGACACUCUUGAAGGAAAACUCGGUUUUAAAAUUCCUCCGCCUUUAUUGCCAGUCGGUGAAGACGAGUGGCCUUCUCCUCCGAACUCAUCACCCUUUGAUACACCAGUUGUUAGCCACGUUGAAACAUUUUACAUGGAAAUAAAACCCGAAGAAGCUACCAAAGUAGUUGUAGACUCAGCGGAGAUGGACAAUGAAGCUGAGGCCGAGAGUGAUACUGAUGAAAAUAAAACACUUCAAGAAGAAUUCACAGGAUUCGAUGAAUCUUCAGUACAGGACGAAACAACUGUUAAAUUGGCAAAAAGGCCAAAAACUUCUUCGGGGAUGUACGCUAACUCUGCUAGUGAAGAUACUUCCGUCGGAGUUUCUGAUUUCUCUAGCAGCACAAGCACUGUAAAACAUUGUCAGUAUUACUCGUGCGCUGUGAAAUCAGACGAUAGUUCCCUUGCAGGUGAUUUUGGGUUGUCUCUUUCAACCGAGAUGUUGUCUAGUCGCAAAAGUUCGGCAGAUUCCGUCGACACAUUUCAACAAAAAAGAGGAUCUGGGAUCUUCAAAGUGAGUCAAAGGUCGUUUGACGAUUACGAUUCACCUUACAGUGAGUCAGACGAUGGACAGUCCAAACCCCCACCUAAGCAGCGAAUGGCACAUCACACGUACUACUCCAACGUAUCCAGCCCUACAAGCACAACAGCUCCUAAACAAAAAGUAGAACGCUCAAAAUUCUCUCGGUCGGGUUUAAAGACGCCUUACUAUUCCACACCUACACCUGUCAGCCACGAACAUCGAGACGUAUCUGAACUCUUGGAAAGAAGAGAUCGAGAUCGGGAACGCAGUUCAAAAUCUAUAGCUCGUUCAAAAUGUUAUUCCUACUAUUCGUUAGCGAGAAGUCCACCUAGUGACGGUUCCUCUUCGUCUUUGGAUAAUCCCGAACCCCCUUCAACACCAAACACCAUCCCUCGUGUGUCGAAGCGCAAACGACACAUUCCUCCUGCCAAGCGUAGACACAGAGUUUCUGUAGACAUGGAGGUGAGGGAUGGUCACAUUGUGUCUGUGUCGAGCCCAUCGGUCGUGGCUUGCGGCAGAAACAGACAUCCGAACUCAUCGCACAGAGAUCUGCAAGUGAUAGAUCCAGCGAGACAGCACUCCUCCAACCUAUCAAAGCAAUCGUCAGUCUAGUGGGUCGGAAAGGUGCUAAUACCUCAGUACCUUAUUCUAAUAAAUAACGGUUGAUAAUAAACCGCGUCUCGUUUGUCACCGUGAUAGUUUAAUCCCUUCUCGUUGUUUUCUUUAUACUUUUGUAUUCAUUCAUAGGUUAUAGUCAUAUUGAUUAUAAAUAAUCUAUCGAUCCGUUAUUACCCGUAUACACGGAGAAGUGACCAAGUGAAUCGACUACUCUAUUAUCGUAUUUCCAGUGUGUUGUUACGAAUAAGGCUGUGUCAUUUUAUUAUAAGUCUUAUGUUUACGAUCAUCGUUAAUGUAUAGAUAGUCUUAGUGGAAUUUAGAUUACGAUACGGGAUAGGGUGAUUCUCCUUAUUUGAUCUUCCAAAUCACAAUUUGUUGUAAAGGAUGAACUAUCAGGGGCCGAACUCUUUCAAUUACAUUUUGCUCAAUUAAUUAUACAGUUGCUUCUCCAUCAGUGUCACAUUCACACACUCAGAAGCCAUAUUGGUUUUGCAACUUAUGACAAGUGUAAUGUGAUUGAAAUACCACUGGCGUUUAUUAAAAAAAAAUGCAUUUGUUAAUUGUAUAUGCUAAUGAUAAUUAAUUAUUAAACACUGAUUGCUUGUGAAAAUAGUCUAGUAGUUUUAUAACGUAACAAAAUUUUAUAUUAUUAAUCAUAAAAUGUCCUUUAUAUUCUAAACUCAUCUAAAUGAAAAGGUAAAAGUUUGUUUACUCUAUGAAUAAAUAUUUUACAUAAAAUAUAAUUAACGAUCUAACAAAUAAUUUUCAUUGUCUAUUACUGAAGUCACAUUAUAUUUCAGAAUAAUAUUAAUCCUGUUGUUUGCACUGGAAAUUUGAUCUUGGACAAAUAUGAAUCACGUUACCCUCGUAACAUUGUUGAAAUAUCUCAUUCUUAAAAAUAUAUAUGUGUAGAUUUUGGAAGGUUAACACGCAUUUCAUCACUGAAUUAUUUAGAUUUUGUAAAUGAACUGCAAUAUACAUCUCAGGGCAUAACAGGAAUAACAAUUGUGCAUUGACAUUAAAUUUUCAUAAGUGUAAAAUCCCUCUACAGUGAUUUUAAAAAUAUAUUGGUGGUAUGGAAACAAUUUGUUUCAAACCAUAUAAAUCUUAGUAUCUGAAACCCAAUGAAAGAAGAAAUACUCUUCUUGACAGAUUCAUAUUCUUUUGUUUCUUAUAUUUCAUUAAAAAUACAGUUUCUUUAUCAAAAAUAAAAAUAAUCCAAUAUUGAAAUUUCCUGAUUUUUAAAGGUUUUGAAGGUACCAAACCCUUAUAAAGAUGGUUAUAAUUGAAAAUAAAAAUCCAUACUUUAGUUUAAAGCAAGCUUUAGAAACUAUCUUUGAUUCUUCUUAAUAUAUCAUGGAAUGCGUAAGACUACUAUCCAAAUGAUGACAUAUGGUUUAUGUAAAAUAAAUAUAUUUUUAUCGACAAUCACAUGUUCUUUUUUAAUAGG